AUGAGAUUCCUGUGGCUUCUCCUGGCAUGGCUAGCAUUGGCAGCCUCUGCCGAUUUGCUCAUCGCGGGCAAAGAUCCUUUGAAACGGGAAGUCUCUGGUGCGACCAAAUGCGGCCUUGAAAUUGUCGAUGGCAGCACCAGCACCAGCACCAAGCGCAGCGUCGGAUACAUCCGGCUUGAGCGCAAUGCCACCGGGGCAACAACAACGACGACGAAGGCCCUAGCAAAACGGAUGAGGCUGCCGGGACAAUCCCUGGGAUUGUUCUACCAAGAAGAGUUCACCAAGCUUUCAAAAAGGGUCGUGACACGCGGCUCGGCACCCAAAGCAACCUGGCUGAGUGCUGCGAUCAUGCAGGAAUUCGGCCGAUUACGGCGCAAGGAGUGGAGUACCGGCAUAGAGGGCCUGAAGGGUUGCACAACCAUGUACAUCAUUAGCCGCAAGGGGGUGUAUGUGACGCACUGGUGGGAGAAUAUUUCCUUCGACCCGGACGCAAUAUGGCGGGAGCCGGAGAAUGAAUCGGACGAUGAGCUUACGCCGGAGGACCUAUUCCAGCUCACAGUCCUCGAUAUGUUGACGGACGGAGGGAAAUACCACGCUAAGCUCGAUGGCGACCUGAUCGAGGACGAUUAUAUUCGCGCCUACCUGAUCCGUCCAAUCAAGGCUUACAGGCAGUAUGACGAUCCUACUGAAGCCGAUUACACCGAACAGUGGAAUCAGAUUCGGGCCAAGGUCGGCGAGCUGGUGCCCACGCUGCAAGAUCAAUCACGCUGGACAGACAUCACGUAUGAGGCGGUGGAGGAUGAAAAUGAACUCGAUGACCCUAUUACAGUCCGAGGAAGGAACCUCUUCAAAUACGACAAAGCUCAGGACAUAGGGGGAGGCCAGACCCAGAAAUGGGCUAUGUUGUGGGUUGAAGGCCGCACGGAGCCGUAUCAUCAGGAUAAAUGGUGAGAUCCAGAUGGGAUAUAGGUCACGGGAAGCAAUGCAUGGCGUGAAAGCCAUGGUCCAAGGAAGUAAAGAAGUGGUGGUGAAGGUUAGAGGAGCA